AUGAAGUCUUUUAUUUAUAUCAUUGCUGCCAUCCUUCCGCUUGCUUCGCAGGUGGCUAUGGCCAGCCAUGUUGCUGAGCCCAGCGACUUUUCGCUCGAAGAAAGAGGAGGAGGAGGAGGAGGAGGAGGUGGUGGUGGUGGUGGAAAAGCAUGGGGGAAUGGACACGGUAAUGACCAUGAUCACCAGCGUCCCGAUGACUAUUGUAAAGUGCAGAAAACCUACUGGUAUCGCAAAUACCCGUGUGAUUCCAGCGAUGUUGUUCGCCAGUCCUACAUGGGCGACACCUUUGCUCCCAAACUGGUACAAGAACUCGAAGGGCUGGCGGGUUAA